UAUCAUCGCCGACUCCAUUUUUCCUUGUACCAAAAGGUAUAAGCCCUCGUUCACAUGCUUUCCUUCACAAUUCCACGAUUCUUCCACAAAUCAUACUCCGUAUUCCACACGCUUCCCUUGAUGAAAUGGGCGUUUCAGACGCAAAUCACAUACUACUUAUCUUCUUAUUUUCCUCCCCUGCUUCGACCUCUUCUCUUACUCAUACUUAGCUCUUGCCCUAGCUCAAAAACCGAACCUUCUUCCAGCCUGUUUUUAUUGAUUUUUUAUCACGGCUCCUCUGUGUUCAAUUAAAUCUAUUCCCAUGGCGUCUAGUUCUACCUCUUCUGGUCAAACAGAGAGGGAGCCUGCAAACACUUAUACCACUGGUCGUAUCCCAGAGAAUGAGAUUAUGGGUGCUUUUAAUGAAAUUGCACCAUCUGCAUCUACAUUCUCAACACUCAUCCGAAAGCCGUCUUACGAUGUAUUCAUCAAUCAUCGUGGACCAGAUGUCAAAAAAAUCUUAGCCACCAGGAUCUAUAAUGUCCUUCGUAACAUGAAGGUGUCUGGUUUUUUAGAUUCAAAGGAAUUGGAAUAUGGCGACUUAUUGCCAGCAACAUUAGAAGCAGUAAUCCGCGGUGCUAUCCUUCAUAUUGCAAUUUUUUCAAAGAGAUACGCAGAAUCACCUUGGUGUCUGGCAGAGCUCUCGUAUAUGCUUAAUAGUGGCGCCAAGAUAGUUCCCAUCUUCACCUAUGUAGAUCCUAUUGAUCUCAGAUAUAUAGCUGAAAAGAAAGGAAUGUAUGUUGGUGCCUUUGACAAGCAUAAAAAGAAACGUAGAUAUAGCCGAGAAAAGCUUCAGGAGUGAAAUUGUCAAAAACAAAGCUGAUGAGAGGAGGCUGUUGAAGAAUAUUGUGAAUAUUGUACUGAAAGAAAGGCGCAAUGUGUCAUUAGUAGUUGCAAAACAUCCGGUAGGUCUCCAUGAAACAGUAGAAGACUUUGAGAAUAAAUUUGCUGAGUGUGAUCAGGAUGUACAGAUUGUGGGUAUUUGGGGGAUGGGUGGUUCGGGUAAGACCACACUUGCCAAAGAAUUGUACAAUAAAAAACGAUCAUCCAUGGAGAGAUCCAGCUUUAUUUUUGACAUUAGAGAAGCCAAAGAGGUGUUACUAAAAAAACAGAUUGAACUCCUCAAAGACCUUGGUGGGAAUAAAACAUUUGACAAUGUAGAGCAAGGUAAAGAAAUUCUAACAAGGCAUUUGAAAUCUUUUAGGGUGCUCAUUGUUAUGGAUGAUGUGGAUCAUGCGAUCAAUUGGAUGCUCUCUUACCUGCAAAAGACAGCCUUCCAAGCGGUAGUAUCAUCAUUGUUACAACACGGGAGCGUGAAGUUCUUACAUCUUGGCACAUAUCCUCGGUGUAUAAAAUGAAAACAUUAGAUCCAUUUAAUGCUACACAAUUGUUUUGUUGGCAUGCUUUUCUACAAGCUUUGCCACUUGAUGGAUUUGAGGAACUUGUUGAAAAGUUUGUAGAGGCUUGCAAUGGAUUGCCUCUGUCUCUCAAGGUAUUUGGAGGGCAAUUAUAUGGAAAGUGCCACAAAAAAUAUUGGGAGUCUCUGUUUCAUAAGGUCUCUAGAUUAUUGCCUAAUGAUAUAAAAAAGAAACUCAGAUUAAGCUAUGAUGGUCUUGACCAUGAAGAGAAAGAGGCAUUCCUUGAUAUUGUAUGUUUCUUUAUUGGUAAAGAGCACAAUUUGGCUAUUGAAGUCUGGGAUGGAUCGGGUUGGAGUGGUUUGCACAUCUGGGAAGGCUUUUCAAUAAGUGUUUGGUUGAGCUUCACAAUGAUAAUUACAUAAGAAUGCAUGACCACUUAAGAGAUCUUGGAUGGGAAAUAGCAAAUAAGCAUCGGCCCUACCAGAUUUGGUUGCCCCAACAGAUUAUUAAUUUUGAGAAACAAACAAAGGAGGAACCCACACCUGAUAUAAGCAGAAAUUUUUUGUCGCUUACACCCUAUUUAGUUGGACUAAACCUUUUGGAGAUUGUGGGAGUUUAUUUUAGUCAAAUAAUCCAUGAAAUAUCAAGAAAUCUGGUUUGGCUUCACUGGUCCGAUAUUGGGCAGAGGAAUCUUCCAGCGCAGCUUUCAUUGGAAUCUUUGCGGGUUUUACAUCUCGACGAAAUAUAUAAAAACAUACCUGUAUGGGAAGAUCACUUAGAAGAGUUGUGGGAGGCUGAGAGUGACGCCCCCGUACAGUUAAGAGAGUUGGUUAUAUCUAACUGCUACAACUUCCAAAAAAUUCCAAAUUCAAUAGGGUGCCUCAUUGAGUUGAAAAAGAUAGCAAUCACAGGUAGCAUUCUUAGGAGUUUGCCAGAAGAAAUUUGCCAUCUGCAAUUGCUGGAGCAUCUCAUAUUAUCGGGUUGUCGAAUGCUAUCAUCACUACCCAAUAGUUUCGGCGAUUUGGCAAAUCUGCAAUAUCUAGAUUUGUCUGGGUGCUUUAACUUGAAGAGGUUACCAGACUCUUUUAAGAACUUGAUGCUACUGGAAUAUCUCAAAUUAAGAGGAUGUGUACACCUCAUACUUAGGUCAGAUGAUUUUCAAAAUAUUACAAAGUUGGAGUUUCUGGAUCUUUCUUGGUGCAUACAAUUGGAAGAGUUGCCUCAUCACGUCACAAAUCAGGUAUUUUUGAGAGAGUUCUAUUUAGAUGGUUUGAACAGGCUAAGGGAGAUUAAAAUCGGUCAACUAAGCAGGCUGCAAACGAUGGUUAUAAGGAGUGAGUUGUUGAUAAGUUUACCAAACUCUCUUGGAGAUUCGGUCUCCUUGAAAAACCUUUCACUUUCGAAUUGUUACAAUUUGAAAUCUUUGCCGACCUCUCUUGAAAAUUUGUCCUCCUUGACUAGUCUUUCAAUUAGCACUUGUGACAGCCUGAAAUCUUUGCCGAACUCCUUUGGAAAUUUUUUCUCUUUAGCUCAUCUUUCCAUUGGGCAUUGUGACAGCCUGAAAUCUUUACCGGCCUCUUUGCACUUAGUAAUAUUUAAUUGCCCAAUCAGCCAAGUAGAUUUGAGGCGGCGCCUUCAUCUUCUACGUUGAGCAACCUGAAGCAGAUCAGUCUAGAUGGAACCGAAGUGUGCAGGAUUUCAAUUCCUGAAGACCAUUAUCCCCGCCUUAAGAGUCUAGAUCUUCUUAAUAAUGCUCAUUUAACGGAGAUUGAAUCAUUGCCAGUAAAGAUUGAACGUCUGCAUAUACAUUGCUGUCUAAAGUUGGAGAAGUUUCCGAGCUUUGCACGUUUAACUUCUCUCAGAGAAUUUGAAGUUGAAGAGUGUGACCAAAUUGGGAAAAUUGAAGGUAUAGAAGGAUGCACAAGAAUGGAAAAAUUGGCACUAAGUACCUGUUGGGAGGUGUCGAUCAUAGGAAAUUUGGAGCGCAUGAGGAAAUUGAAGGAGGUGGAACUCAGAGCAAACAAGGGAUCAGCUAUUGGAACAAUACAGAAUUGGCCAGAUGAAAUGAUAAUAUAUGCGGGGACAGUCCCUGAUGCGUCCUCACUUGUAGAUUCCUUCAAACUUGGGCUGUCUCCAAAUCUUUCAGUUGUCGACUCCUUCUCUAACAAGGAUAUUUCCUCCAAACCGAAAUUGCAUUCCCCCAUUAGCACUGCCAUUAUGCUCUGUUUUAUUGUAAAUGGUGCUUCUUCUUUAAAAUUGGCUUCGGUAUUGGAGAGGGGAGAUGGGCAUUGAUCGCUGUCUUCUCACAACAUUCAGAAGGGCUCCGUGCAGAGGGUCGCUUCAGCCUAUUUUGUAAUUCGGAAGUAAAAGUGGAAGUGGAGAGAGGUUUUGCUGUGAGAGGAGAAAAGAAAAUGCUAGUGGAGGCAUCAUUGAGACUUAUGCAAAGCAUUUGGAGCUAGUAUUAUUUUAUUUAUUUGUAUGGGGAACUGGAAAGUGUGGACAUAUUGUCACUUUUACCAAGCAUUUUGAGGUUAUAUUAUUUUUAUUCCUAAGUGGAAAGCGUAGAGAUAAUUAUGGUAGCCUAAUAAUAAUUAUGUUUUAUCUA